AUGAAAUUCGGUCACUUGAACUAUCGCCGAGGUGUUAUAACGUACUCACUAUCACCUUACGAACAAAAAGCCUCUGCAGGAUUCUUUACACAUGGGUUCCCAAACCUAAUGCGGAGAUUUAGGGAGAAAGUACUUGUUGUUGCUUUUGUUUUAUGCUAUAUGGUGAUUGAAUGGGCUAACGAGGAAAAUAGGCGGUCAAAGAGAAAAGGUGCACAUGUUCACGAAUGA